AUAUUAAAAUUUGUAUUGUUUAGCUGCGUGGCUAAGACUGCUCUGAUCCAGACUUUCGUGGAACAAGCUUACAGCCCCGAACCUGUACCAACAGUAUCCGACGUCUACUAUGCAGAAGUAAAUACAUAUGGCGUACCCUACACUCUCGGCUUAUUGGAUACAUCAGGAUCUGAAGACUACGACCGUUUACGAGCACUAUCCUAUCCAUAUACCGAUGCUUUCCUCAUAUGCUUUGCUAUUAACAAUAUCUAUUCUUUUGAAAGUGUUUACUCAAAGUGGUAUCCAGAAAUAAGACAAUUUAGUCCAAAUACACCCGUCAUUUUAGUUGGCACAAAGAUUGAUUUGCGCGAUGAUAAGAAAACAAUUGAGGACCUGAACCGAAAGAAACAGUCACCGGUAACAUAUCAGAUGGGGUUCGACAUGGCGAAAAGUAUAAAAGCAAAAAAGUACAUAGAAUGUUCGGCGCGGAUGCAAAAGAAUGUAGAAAGAGUUUUUGUGGAGGCUGCCGCUACCGCUACCGCAGAAAAGCCUCGGAAGCGACCCAGCAAAUGUGUUGUUCAGUAA